AUGAUUCAAAGCAUGGCCUAUGGAGAGAGGCUCAAUGCAAAGCAGAUCCAAGAGCGUCUUGCUGCUUGUGGCAAGGACAUGAGCCUGACGACGAUCAGGCACUACACCAACAAGUUCAAUCCUGAAGAGCACACUUUAGAGCUCAGGCGGAAGCUUGUGGACCAUGGACUAUCGCCUCCUCCUAAGAAAAUCAAGUGGAAUGAUGGAGAGAGCAUAGUCAAGAGGAUCAUUGACGUAGGUUUCUUUAAAAACGAAGAAUUUGCGACAAUCUUGGGGACUUCUAAACGGACUAUUGAGCGAAUUGCUGCAGAGAAUACUGAGAGUGAAUCUGACGAAGCGGGCUGGAAGAGAACAGGCACUAUCCAGAUCUCCCCUAAAGCAUUGAAGUGAUGAAGACUUUGCUGAGGUCAUUAA